UUAAUUUUAUAAUAAACAGGAAAAAUCGCCGCUGGAUGUCGCUAGUUAGCGUCCUCAACAAAACGCAUUUUAUACGUUUACUUUGCCGGUAUUUUUUGUAAUUUUUAUAAACCAGACACAAAAUGAAACUCGUCAGGUUCCUAAUGAAAUUGAGCCAUGAAACGGUGACGAUGGAACUUAAAAACGGCACACAAAUCCACGGUACAAUCACCGGCGUUGAUGUUGCGAUGAACACGCACCUGAAAGCAGUAAAACUGACACCCAAAAAUAGAAACCCGGUGAACUUGGACUCUCUGACUGUUAGGGGCAACAACGUCCGGUAUUUCAUCCUGCCAGACAGUUUACCUUUGGAAACGCUGCUGAUAGACGACACACCAAAGGCCAAGGCCAAGAAGAAGGAUUCUGCUCGUGGUGCAAACAGAGGCAGGGGUAGAGGCCGUGGAAGAGGUGGACCUAGGGGUAGAGGAAGGGCUGGAAGAGGACCGCGUCGAUAAUUUCAGUCAAUUAUUUUAGGGGUUAAGUGAAGAAUGUAUUGAAUUUUUUUUUUGUGAAGAUGAGAAGUAUGUUUUAUUUUUCUUGUGGAAAAUCUCCCUGACAUAAUAUUAAGGUUUAAAUAUUUUUCCAAUAAAUAAAAGUUUUGGAAUCA